UGCCUUUUUUUUCAAUUACUUGAUGCUUAUCAUUGACUAUUAUAGAAGUUCAAAAUUCGAAAUCUGUGAAAGAGAUCUUCUAUUAGACCUACAUUAUGCAUGAAAACACCAUUUUACAAAUCAACUAGUUCUAUGUUUGGUCCCAACCUGGUGUUUACCCGCUGCGUAAUUAACCGGUAAAAUUGGAAAAGCCGUCGUUCUCUUUAUAAACCUACGCAGUCUUACGCUCUCCAGUAGUCAUCGCUCUUACUCUGUUAUUCUACAAGAAUCGGCCGAUUCCUUCUUCACUCAAUUAUCAAUUAUAUUGCAGAUUGCGAAUUUUCUUCACUCCUCGAACUCAUGAAGGAUUACUUUACUUGACAGAGAAUAUCUCCUAUUCGAUCGCUUAGAGACAAGGAGAAAGAGAAAAGGGGAAGGAAGAUCAAUUAAGGUAAAAAAAGUUAUGUACAAAUGCUGGAUUGCUGGUGUGAAUAAAGAAGUGAACAUUUCUUGUUCAAUUUAUACAGCGAGAGCAGAGGCUGUUUUCACUUCAUUCUUUGGGUGCUGAGUUUAAAAAAUCUUAUUAGGAACUGCAAAAUAGCCAUGAAAACAGCAGCCCAGAGAAUUUAACUACAAGCAAACCAGAAGUACAAAAUUUGAGCAUGGAACCCCUGCAAAUGAAGAGGAAGAAGAUCAGUGGUUACAACUUGCGGAAGAGUUUAGCAUGGAAUAAAGCAUUUUUUACCGAAGAAGGGGUACUGGAUCCAACAGAACUAUCUUUGAUCAGUGGAGCAUUUGCUAAUACGAGUGGAGGGGGCUUGUGUUCCAUUGAGGAACGGAGAACCCCACAAACUAGCAACUCCCGUAAAAAUGUCAGUUCUUCGAUGAAAUCAGUUAAAAAGAAUUUGAGCAGAGAUUUUAAUGCUACAUCUUCAAAAGAAGAGAGAAUGAAGAUUCAGUCUUCAUGCAAGGCAAUAACAAGUCAGAAUGGAAGACCAUUGUUUUCAACUUCAUUAAAAAGGCCUGCAAAUUUAAAUGUUAGUAAAGCAACAGCCAAGGAAUCCAAACUACCUAAGUUUCAAGUUCCAAGCGCAGGUUCAUGUCCGACAAAUGCAUCAUCUAAUAGUACAAUUCCUAGAACAAGUUCUAUGCAGAACAAAAAGAUUUCUGAUCGAGUCAGUAUAUUAAGAAAAUAUGGGAUCAGGAGCUCCUUAAGAAAUUCAAGACAUGGACAAAAUUCACAAAAGAGAGCAAAUGACGAUUGCAGAUUUCCGCCAGGCUUACCUCUAGCCUCUCCUUUGAAACAAGAUGCUGUAAAAACAAAAGAUGCAUCUAAAAAGACUUCAUCCUUAUUGCCCAUCAAGAAUCAUGGUAAUAACAGUUUGAAGGUGCCGGGUUCUGUGGUUGCACAUAGCAGUGUGUGUUCAUCCAAGUCACAGGAUGCAUUUGUACAACCUGCUGCUUUCUCUCAUCUACAAAACACCUUUACUUUGGUUAAGAACGGGCAAGAAACUCAAACCCAACAAAUAAAACCAUCUUGCUUGCGAAUGCCAUCACCAUCACUAGGAUAUUUUUGCCAGUCAAAACCUUCUGAUGAGGGACCCCAGCUUUCACAGAAAAAUGUAGAGUCUAGUGUACAAAAGUGCCAAGAAACUGGUGACCUGAGGCCCCUGUGUGCAUUAGGAGAUCAAGUAAUCAAUGGCAUCCGAACAACAAUGAAACCCAAGCUGGUAAGUGAUAAAAAUGGAGAGAAUCAUGGCAGUAGUGUUUAUGGAAAGGAAAAAGAUACAGAAUCAUGGAUAGAUGCUGAGGAACUUGUAGGUACAGGAGAUUGUGGACAUAUUUUUGAAGAAGAUCCAAAGGUCAUUGGUUCUCUUGAAAUUCGAGGCUAUUGUAUGCCAGGUUCAAAAAAUCAUCAAUUUGUGUUGCAAGAAAGAUCAUCAACACAUGCCAUGGAUACAUUUAGGCGGGGAAUUGUGGCUAUUAAUUCUUCUGAAGUAGACAAGGGGAAUGACUUUGUAAUCUCAUUUGAAGGUUCAUUUUCUGACUGUGGGUCUAGGGAUGCUUAUAUAUGUGGUGGUGAAAAGACAAUAUCAAAUAAUCAUGCAAGUGGUAUGCAGGAAGUUAAAUGCUUUCCUGAGGAGCCAUCUGAUAACUGCUUAAGUGAGUUAAGUAGAGAAUUUGUGAACCAUGGUUUUGGUUCUCUAGCUUCUGUAGAUCCAAAUGUCACCAGGUUAACCAGUUCUGAAGUAGAAAAAGAGAACUUGGCUUUCCCAAUUGAGGACUUUCAUAUUCUUUCUUCUGAAGACAAUAUUAUCAGAAACAAGGGAAGUGACAUCUCAGAAAUACGAGAUUUUGUACUUCACGCCUCAAAUGAUAUCAUGUCCGCUCAAAGUUGGAAGAAUACAAUUCAUGAGCAUUUAAUUGAAACAUGUUCAGCAAAGGAAAGAGAAAAAUGUUCCAACAAUAUUAACAAGGGCAAUCAAACAGUUAAGCCGAAUGGCAGUAGGUUUCUUGAGGACUCCCACACAUGUGAUUUAAUUAUUGCCCCUGAGAAUGUAGACCAUUGUAAUGCCAUCUCAGCUGAGAAACUAAUACCGUCAGAUAUGCACAGUGAUGUUUGUGGAAGUGAAGAAGUAAGAUCAAGUGCCUCUGAUGUGGACUCUACUGGAGAAACUGACACUAAAACAGAUGCAUUUGAUGCCGGUUCAUCUAUUGAAGAUAAACCAUUGUCUUGUGUAGGAAACCAUUCUUUGCCUGAAGAAUUUGAGCUUCUUCCAAACAGUGUGUUACUUUUUGAUGCAGAGCUUAAUGAACAUUCUGCAUCUUUGAAUACUGAUUCAUCAAAAGUAAGCAAUAUUUCAAGAAGAAACCAUGGAGUACAUUUGCAAGAUCAGAGUAUUAUGGGAAAUGAAUCUGAAGUGAGAAACUCCAUAAUCAUCAAUUGUCAUGCUAGUGCCAAAUGUCUCGCUAACAAUAGGGAUGAUGUUGUGUCAAAAAAGAGAAUCGAGGAUGGUAAGAAAAAAAGUAACCUUAGCUUAGUACCCCCACGAAAUGCAGUUCCAUUUUCCGAUGAGUGGUUGGCUGCUAUUGAAGCAGCUGGAGAGGAUGUUUUAACCAUGAAAGGUGGUGCUGUGCAAAAUUCACCCCCUGAUAAACCUCGACCUGAGCCAAAUCCAUGGUCACCGGUGAGGAAAAACAAUGAAGUUGGACCUUAUGAUUGUACAAAGUUUGCACGUAUUAAGGCUGCUGGACAUUCUGAGUCGCAAGUAAACUAAACUAGGUUAGAGGCUGGGCAUUUGUUUGAUUACACCUUAACAAGACCACUCAAAUAAAGGGACCUGUAAAGCGCCUUCCAUAGGGAGUCCCCAAGGGACCGGGGUUGACAAUUUGACAUUUUAGGAGCAGAAUGCUAAACCAUGACAAGUGUAAUUUUACUGAACUACUUCCGUGAAGUGAAAUGAAUGCAAUAGCAAAUCUCUUGAAUACCACUAUAUUUCCUUCUUCUCUUCUUAACUAUCCGUAAUGUCACAGAAUUAAGGGUUUAUGUUAAUGGCCCGUUUGAAUGGGCCGUAUCUUUUUCCA